GUUUUUUCUGCUGGCAAAAACCAAUAGCUUUCUAAAAGCGUGGGAAAGGCGGUUGUCUCUUCUGCUAUGCAGAUAAGUCAGUUUUUAUCCACUACUUUUGGUAGUGGAUACAUCUUGUUAUAGUUGCACUGAGGUUUUGAUAUUUGUAUUGCCUCUGAUGAGUAUGCUAAUAUGGCGUCUUGAUAGUGUGAAUCUUUUUAUAAAAGUUUCUUUGAUUAAUAACUUAGACAAAGAGUAAGAUUAUUAGUUUUUCUAAGUACAUUUUUUCGUCCGAAUAUUUUCGCUUGUAGGCCCAACAAUGGAUCAAAGUAGCAAAAUUACAUUACGUUUAUUAAACUCAGUAAUUAAAUUGUCAUUGGAAGCUGGUACAUCAAGAAUAAGUUAGACUUUUCUUUUUAUUUUAAGGAAAUAGACAAUCAACUAAGAAGAACGAAUGAAUAUUUGAACAAAACACGUAUGUUCGUUCACUAUUGACUUUUGUUCACAUAUCACUGGAGUUAUCAGACCGAUCAUCCAGUAUGACGGAAUAAAUUUGAUUUUACAACCGUCUGUUUUGUUACAAAAAAGCCCAAGCCUUGAAAACUUGGACCGGCCUUACUACGUUUGCAGUCCUCGAGACUGCCUUCUGUAACUCUUCUCUCAACUCACGUUGCUCGAGACUGUUGCGUAUAUACGUAGAACAUCAUCGAAAUCAUUCUGUAAUAAAAUAGGCGAUUGUGGAAUAAAAUUUAUUCAGUUAGAACAACGUUCGGUUUAAAGAUCAAAAUGAAAAUAGUAUCUCAGUCUUUAAAACAAAAAUGUUGUUUUUUGAAAGUUCAUCAAAUGUGCAAAGAAUUUUUUUUGAAACCCCAUCAACUUACUUGGUGUUUAUUCUGAAACCAUUUCUCAAUAAAUAAACAUCUGACAAAUACCCGUGGAUAAAGGUAAUGUUUUUUAUAUUUGCUUAUGUAUUGGCUAUAGCAAUGUUCUUAUACUAUGAGAUCGUAAUUUUAAUUCAUUCCUGAAAUUUUAAAAAUCACCUUAUUUGCCCUCAUGCUGUCAAGAAUUAUUAGCUGCAUGACCGUUUUACUCUUUUCAAAUUUCAAAAAGAACGCCUCAGAAGUUCUUGAAUUAGAAAAUUUCACGCUCUUCAUUAUUUGAGCGAUAUCGCCUACUGUUCAGUUUUUUUGUCCUCUAUACACAUACUGUAUAUACUUUAGUUAGAAAUAAAAUAUUAACUUCUGCGUUUCUUUCAAGAAAGUCUGCAUGGGACUAGUAACAGUGACAUUAAUGUCGGUUAUUGUAACCAAUCAGCAGUUCUUCGUGCACGACAAAGUUUAGGGACACAUGUUCUCUCUCUGCAAGAAGUACAACCACGUUCACACUCCUUGAACGAUAAUGAACAAAAAGUAAUUAAUCGCAAAAGCAAUCAAAAUACUGUUGCACAAGGGAUAAAUGAAUUGGUGAAAGAUUCAUAUGGUACAGUUAUACCAGUAAACAAGAAAUACCAUAUCACUGUUAAUAUUGAUGGUUAUCGUCAAGACGAGAUGUUAGCAAGAAAACAUAUUAUUCAAUCAUUUGAAUUACCAAAAAGUAUUGAUCGAUCAAAUCCAGAUGUAACAUUUCCAAAUGCAAAAACCAUGCAAAUUGAUUUCUCAAAACGUGUUAAUGAUAGAUCAGCUAUGACUACUGGUUAUACCUCAAAUUUUACAAAGAAUGAUCGUGUACGGGAAAACUAUUCAGGCAUAUGUAGUGACAUAAGAAAGCAAAAUCUUCCUGACAGAAGUUCUAAGUUUCACGAAAAAGAUCUCGUUCUAGAUGUGGCAAAUUGUGAAAAGUGGAGUAUUGACGAGGUUUAUAAAUGGAUACAAUCGUUAGGCGCUGUCUAUGCACCCCAUGCACUUAAAUUUCGGAUGCAUGGUAUUAACGGGCGAUGUCUUUUAACAGUACUGGAUGAAAAUACAUUAGAAGACAUUGGUAUAACAUCAACACUACAAAAACGAACAAUUAUGAUGGCUAUAAAUGACAUCAAACAUAUUACUAGUCCCUCCUCAUUAACAACGAAUCCCUUCAAUGUACUGAGCAAAACGACAGUUGAUAAAACUACUAGCUUUUCUUCACAGUUUAAUGGUGAUUUUAAUGUUCCACUUGCGAAAGAACUAGUAGCGGGUAAAUACCCCAAUGUCACAUCUUGUCAACUCGUAUUAGAUGGAUGUAAUCAAGCUCAUCUGAACCUUGUCGAUCGUAUACGUGUAUGGCUUGGGUCGUUACCGAGCAGUUAUAAGAUUGAUCAGAUCGAAGUAAUAAGUAAUUCAGCCCGCUAUCGAAUGUUCACGGGCCAAAUGGAGGUUGUUGAAAAUCGACAAGAUCAACCUGCAUUUCAACCCCGACUAUCAGAAGAGAGUAGUCCAAAAGAAAGAUUAAAUGUUUUGGAACGUUUAGAUUCAUUAUGUAAUCAAGUAGCACAUAAUCGAAAAGCACGUAUUGUUCGUAUGUGGCACGGUUGUAAACGAGAAAUCUUAUCUAAUCUACUCUCAGAUGGAUUUGCGACACUUGGAACGCUAGACGCUGGAUGGUAUGGGAAGGCCAUGUAUUUUACAUCAAGUGCAAAAUAUGCAGCUCGCUACAGUGGCGAAUGUGGAUGUCUAAUACUAUGUUACGUACUUAUUUUAAACCCAUUUCCCGUCGUUGCAUCAGAUGCUCCAUUGAAUGUCGCUCCAGAAGAAUUUAGAUUCUAUGGAAAAGGAAAUUAUCGAAACUAUCAAUGUCAUUAUAUUCCAGUUUCACCUGUUGGCAACCAAAGAUUAAUGAACUAUCGUCCGCCACCAGCAGGAAUUGACCAUGCAAUGUUUGAUGAAUUAGCUAUAUUUCAAGAAGCGAAUAUUUUGCCACAGAUUGUUGUACAUUUCAAAUAA